UUUCAGUGAAAUGGUGAAAUCUCAUGUCUGUGUUUCAUGCUAAAAAAUGUAAACAAAGCAGAAAGCAGUUGUUAUUUUUAAAUUUAAUCGUUGUUUGCACAAGUUUUCAGUUUAGCUUUUGCUGAUGUCCUUCUCCUGUUGAAGUACUCUGAAAAUAUUUUGAAGCCGCAAGCGUUCUCCCACUUCCGAUAAAAAAUAAUAAGAUAGUAAGACAAGUGAAGUUUUUUAAAGUUAUAGUCUACAGUUAGUAAUAACUCUAUAUUUUGUUUAGCUAAGAUAUUUUUCGUAAUGGGAUCUAAAAGUUCGAAAAGUGAGAAAUCGAAUUCAUAUGAAAGGGAUUGUACAAGCAGCACAUAUUCUCGAGCAUACCCUCAAGCAGGCCUAUAUCCUCAUUUAGUGCCUGAACAGUACCAUCAUCAACAGUAUGCGAGUCAUGGACAUUAUUCAAAUCCACCAUACGUGACUGCAAUUCCCAACCCUUUCCACAUGGGGCGAGUUCAGGAUGUGGCUCAUGUCCAAGCCGAAUAUGGUGCCCAACAUUACACGUAUCCACAACCGACCAAUGGUGUUUCUGUACUAUCACCGUCUGCGCCGCCAUUAUCGUUGAUAAAACCACCAAAAAGUAGAUUGAUAGAAGCAGAAACGACAGCAUCAGUCGUUUAUAAUACUAAUAAUAAUCCACCAGAUGAAGCUAAGGUGGCUGAAAAAUUGAAAAGCCUCAACAGAUUCCUGAAAGGAAUUUUGGCAACAGUGCCUGAACACUAUGCAUUCAAGGGAUACUAUUGUGAGGCUUGUGAUUGUGGUAUGAUCAGAGUACCAGUUAUUGUAAAGAAGAAACACAACAAAAAUGAAUCACAUUGCAAGUUGAAAACUGAUGCCAUGGUCGAGAGGUUCUGUCCAACUUGUAGAGUCGACUUACUCUGCUCCAGUGUCCUAUGGAAGCUGCAUGAGGAGUCUGAACUUCACAAAUUCUGGCGAGAAAAGUCGGAUAAGAAUUGCGGCGUUGUGCAAGCUCGAGAAGAGGAUCACGAUUGCAAAGGAAAAAAGGCAUAUCUGGUUGUUUCAGGUUUUCCAAAAUCAACUCGUUGGCAAAAAAUGAAAUUAUUUUUUGAAGAAUUCAGUGAUUGUGUGAGAGUGGAAAUGGUAAAGGAGCGCCACAACACAGAAUAUGCAAGAAUAUUAUUCCGCCAAAGACAGACAGCACUAAAUAUCCAUGAAAGCGGGUUUCCUCUCAUUUUUGAGAAUAAGCGACUGAUAACCAAAGUCAAGUGGAUGGAUUAAUAACAAAUGAUAGCCAAAGUCAAGUGGAUGGAGUUCUAUUUGUAAGCUUCUGUGUUUUACUGUGUAUUUUUAUUAUUUUCCAUAUCGAUUCAGUUCAACGUAUGUUGGAAAAUUAUUAUGAUAUAAUAACUACGGUAGUACUGUAUUCAAUGUGCAGGCCUUUUUUCCAGAAUUUUGAUUGUGUUUUGAGUUUUAUGUUAGAAAUUAUUUUUUGAAUCUUUCUAUUACAAUGUAGCAUCGAUUUUGUAUCAGAAUCAUAAUACGUUUUCUUCGUACUUUACACAAUAAUUAUUGUGAAUUGUACUAGAAAAAUGUUUUAAUCUUGCGAAAGUUUGUGCGAUUCUUGUAACUUACUCUUCUUUACUUUUAUCAAACUACAUGCUAGUGUUGUUUCAUCAAAACAACUGUGCCAAAUCGUAUGAUUUCAAGACAAUAAUGCAAUUAUUACUAUUAUUGUUAAUUAUGAAUAUAUUUCAUGUCAAUAUUGCCAUUAUUGUUAACUUUUAGUUUAUUUUAUUGAAGUGAGGAAACAGAAUCGAAAUAGUCUUAUAAAUUAACUUUUAUAUCACUAUUUUAUAUUCACGCAACUAUUUAAAGAAAUAUUAAAGCCUCUUGUUUAGAGAUUUAGGAAAGACCACUUCAAUACUAUUAGUCUCUUUCUAUUGAUAUAUACUGUAUGUAUAUUUUUAGAAAAUGUUGCAUUUCUUCUCUUAUCACCUAUUUCGUAGAAUAAUUAUUGUUGUGCCUAGAAAAUCAUCAUAUUUUUUAUAAUGUUGUCAACUAGGUAGUUUGCCUUUUUACAAAAAAAUAUUGUAAUUUAUAGGCCUAAUAAAGAUUCAUAUUUCUAUUGGCUACA